AUGAUUUGUUAUAAUUUAGAUGUCCUCGCAACGUGGUUGUUGACCACGGUUGGAGCGAUUACCGUGUCCAUAGACCGUUCUGACAUUAAAACUUCACCAACACGAUCGUCAAUGAUUGCAAACGGAUGGAGACCAUUGGCUAACGGAUAUGAAGAUUCAAUCGGUACAAACGUCCAACCGGCUGUUAAUCAUCUCGAUAGAAAUUUACAACAACCGCAUCCUGUAUUAAGUAAACUUCAGGAACACAUGUUAGCAUCGGAAAAACAUAAACCCCAUCGUAAUAAUAAAAACAAACAUGGUGGUACUUCGUCGUCGUCGUCGACGUCAUCUCAUCAGGAUUAUAAUCCACCUAGUAUACUUGGAAGUUUUACAGUAUUUGGUAACGCCGCUGCUAAAGCUCGCGGUGAAGCUCAAAAAGUUUCCCAACAGCAAAAACAACAACAAGGUCACGUUAAUACUAACGUUAACAAAUACGUUGGAUCGGAAACGCGAGAAUAUACUUUUUUGAUACCACCACCUAAGGAUGUUUAUCGUUUCGAGCAUCCCGAACCACCACGUAAAGUUAUUAGAGACAACAGUUAUUCCAUAGUUAAUGAUUUUUUGAGACAACCUGCUUACGUACCACCACAGGUACAUCAAGUUAUACCCGACGCAGUUAGAGCUGCAACUUAUUUUAUCAAAGGAUACACAUCAACAGUUAAUCCAACUCAAAAUGGUUAUUCCGGUGUUCCACAAAUACUUCAACCACCCCGACACCCAGCUAAACCGUUCGAAUCGUUAAAGAUUUCAGGUAACGCGAAACCAUAUCUACAAGGACCUAAUUCAGAUUUAAGCAGUGAUUUUGUUAAAGAUGAUAGAAUAACCGAACAUAAACGUCGCCCAAAUUAUGAAAGAUAUCAACCAUCGCAAAUUCAUAGCCAUCAUCAAUCUGGUAACUUUUAUACUCAAGUUAAUCAUCCGACAAAUCAUUACAAAACAUCUUACGAGAGGGAUCCGGCAUUUCUCGUUCACGAGAGUCACGAGCUCAGUUUCGUCACGCCAUCAUCGAUUUAUAACGAAUACAACAACAACAAUAAUAAUAAUUUCAGACCUUCCAUACCUUAUGACACGUUGUUACCACCCGAAGUUUAUUCAACUUCAACUAUCGGUACAUCGUCAACUACGGUUUCACCACAUAUUCAAGAAACAUCUUCGAAAUAUUUCAAUUCGAAUGACGUCCUACGCGAGGAUGAGUAUUAUAAAAAUGUUCAAAGUACUACCAUCAAACAACCCGAUAAUACUCUACCAAGUUCAGGUAUUACCAAUACCUAUUACGUAUCCGAACAACAGGAUUUAACUCCCCCACCUCAAUCCUGGCCCAUACAGAAAAGUAAAUAUACAUCGGAUAUAAACGAAGUAUUACCCAGAGUAAAUCCACCAAACAAAUUUAGUCCCGACGUUAUACAACCAAGUCAGCUUCCGCAAGUUCCAAAGAUGGUAUACGUGAGACCUCAAGUACAGCAAUAUCAGAGUUCGAUCGUGCCGAGUCAGCAGGAAUACGAAACACCGGAGAGUAUAUCAUUGAAACAUUUCAACGAGCAACAGUUUAUCAUCCAACAACAGCUUGUCCAACGUGAUAGAGAACGUUUGGCUGAACAGGAACGUCAGCAACAAUUGGAAAUCGAACGACAACAGCAAGAGGAAUUAAAGAAACAUCAAGAUGAAUUAGAAAAAUUAAUCAAACAACAAAAGGAGAAGGAGAAGGAGGAGGAGGAGAAGAAACAAGAACAACAACGGCAACAAAGUGCCAACGAUGGAUAUUCCGUUGAGAAAAAUAUUACCGAACAAAUUGAAUUCUCGAAAAUUGUUAACGGACAAACACCAUACACUGUACAAUUUUCGCAAUACGAAAUCCCCCGAGUAACAUCUUCCCAAUCGCCAAUUCAUUACAACGAACAAAAUACUUUCGAAGAUAAUAACAAGUCCCAUGGGUCCCAGAUUCAACAACCGGAAGCGGCAAUAGUACCGUUGAAAACAAGCUUUGAAAAUCAACAAUAUCAAACGCAAUUUGAUUAUAAUCAACAUCAAGAACAACAGCAACAAUUUAAUAAUUAUCAAGAAGAAUUGAAUAAUCCACAACAGGAGUAUGUUAAUUAUCGAGAAACCGAGUUACAAUCUCCGAAACAACAAAAACCAUUGUCGCGUGAUCUACUUAGAAGAAAGAAACCUGUAACAACUAUGAAUAGUGUAGGUUACGAAAAUGGAAUAACGACUGAAGUACCAACUCAACAACCGGAAACAUUGAUUCCUUAUACUUUCCCUGUCGAAGAAUUGCCAACGCAUACAACGGCAUCCCCAGAACCCAUAACAUUCCCAAGUUCUGUAAGUACAACUUCGAGAUCGAGAACUCGUAGGCCAGGAGGAUCAUCGGGAGGACAACGUAGAAGACGCCCUUCAACGACCACUCCAGAACCCGUUACUAUACCCGGAGGAGAAUACUAUGAAAAGUACGAUGAACAGCAGGAGCAACAGCUUGAUCCCUCGAGACGAAGGCGUAUAAAACCGAGCCAACAAACUAACAACGAGGAAACGCAUUUGGAAAGACGACCGAACAUAAGGAAACGUCCUGGUAAUCGGAUCAGAGUUAACCACGGUGAACCCUACGAAGCCGAGAUUGUUACGGAGAUUAUUCAAACACCGGUGAACAACUUAAGGGAUAACACCGAACAACAACAACAUUCGGAGAAAUAUGUCGAUGAUAACAGAUAUACUUCUAAUUUACCUAACAAUCAGUAUUACGAUUAUACGUCACCCGUUUCCCAAUACACCGAUGAUCACCGAGAUGACACUACUGAGGUUAUUCAAUCAGAAUAUCCAACCGAAUUAACGAGAAAUAAUAAUGACAAAUCUCAUAAUAAUCCUAACGUUGUCACAAAUAUACCUCUCGAGGACUUAUUCGUUAAAACAGAUGGUUAUUAUUUCGAUAAAGAUGCAACUACAUCACCUACGACUUCAAGCAGUACCACGACACCGACAACUACGACCACGACGACGACAACAACACCAUCACCAUCACCACCACCACCACCACAAUCAUCACCACCACCUACGACAACAUCGAUCGUUAAAACUGUUACACAAUCUUCUCACGUUUCCUCAACAACGUCAAGACUUAAAAUCCGACCAAUGAGAUUUGGCAAUACAACAAGGCCAAGAUUUAGUAUUAAAGAUUAUAAAACACGAAUGGAUUAUAAGAACAGAUUGGCGCAAACAUCUACUACCGAACCAACGCAGACAACUCAAUCUAAACAAAGACACUCAAGUUUCAAAUCUCAAGCAAAUAAUCAACAACAAAACAAUGAAUAUUCAAAUAAGGAAAGCACCGGUAGAUACAAAUACAUGUCAAGAACUAAUCACAGAACUACUACGAUAACUCCGAUUAAUGAAUCGGAAAAUAAUUUCGAUGAACCGAAUUUUACAUCGUCGUCGACAACCGAACGACCAAUCAGUAGAUUCAUUCCUAAAAGAAGACCGAUCAAUAGUAAUCUUUAUCGUAGUAGAAUUUCUAGUACUACGAGUAAUCCAAAUCGAUCCAAACAACAGCAACAACAAGUUGACAGUGAAAACAAUUCGAAAUCUAGUACGGUUAGAUCGGAAAACGUUUUCUCAUCGUCGAUAAGACGAAGACCAAUUAACAAAAACAGACAAUCGACGUAUAAGGAAUCAAACAAUUCUAAUAAUAAUAAUAAUAAUAAUAAGGAAGAAUUGGCAACGGAAAUGGCAGCUGAAGAGACCAGUUUUUAUUCGGCCGUAACAACAUCGGCCUCGUCGAUUGGACAAACGACGCAUGAUAUCAUCCUUGAAAAAAAUCAAUCGGAAUCAUCGAAUAAUCCUACAAUGAAAUUGCAUUCCGAUGAAAUUAACGAUCAUACUAAAGAAGAAAAUCAAUCAACGAUGACAACGAUUAAAGAACAAAACGAAACCACCUCGAUAAUUCCAAUGAAAAUCAUGGAUGACGUUGUUGAGAAAAAAAUUCUUGUAGAAAAUAAUAAUGACGAUACGAAGAAAGAUGAUGGAAAACUUUUGGAAAUUUCAACGCAUUUCGAUAAUGACGACGACGAGGCAGAAUUAUUUGCUAAAGCAUCUCAAAGUGUUGCAGAUUUAACAAGUUCAGCUUCGGCACUUUAUGAUAAGCCUGGCAUGUUCAAGGCUGUCUCACCUGAGAGUAGAGUAGUCUCACCUCAUUUUAAAAUCACCACGGAUGAACCUACUUUACCAAUCGAGGCAUUCUUUCAGGAAAUAUCUAAAAAAAAUUAA